AUGGAUUAGGAAAUCAGACCAAUGCGUUAAAGUAUUCUAAAACGAUAAUCAACUUUCGAUAAUCCUAAUUACAUGGAAGAGAAAGAGAAGCAGCAUCAACAGAAUUAGAAUAAUUUAUAGGAAGGUUUGCAUGUGCAAAUAGAUAGUAGUGUGAAAAUCAUCACGAUUCCUGAUGUUCAUGAUGUGCAAGUGUUUAAGGAACAGGAUGAAAGUAUAGGGUUAUUAUAUUGUUUAGUUCAUUUUCCAUAGAAAGUCAAUAAUUUGAGUGAAGCCGAACUCAUCAAGAUGGCAUUAAAGUAAAGUGAUAUAUUGUAAUAAUAGAAAACCUUAGAUAUGGGAGGAGGACGAAUAAUGACUGCUAUGAUUUAUAUAUUGAAUGCAUAUAUCAUAAAUUAGUUGAUUUUUGAGACUCCCAUUUAAAGUGAAGAUUUGAGUUAGGAAAGAUCAAACUGA